CAUGGAAAUUUUGAGCCAUGCCGCCGUGGUGAUGUAUUUUGUCGCAGUAGAGUUACAACUUUCAAGAAAUAUAGCGUCAUCAACGACGACAGUCAUAGCAUGAUAUAGGUAUAAAGUUGGCAUGUGUGGCGCAUUGUCCUGCAUCAGAUACCACAAGACCAUCUCUCACCAUGGCUACCGCCGCCUCCUCACUGCACGCUGCAACCGGGAAUGAACGGUUCAACAACGAAGCCGCCAACUGGGACAACAACCCGUUCGUGCACGAAGCCAGUAAACAGGCCUGGAAAGCCAUUUUGGCAAAAUUUCCUGCUCUCAAGGACGCACCAGGGCAAAAUGGAUUGGAUGUAUUGGAGCUCGGUUGCGGCACGGGACUGCUUUCGUCCAUCAUUGCGCCUUACGCCAAGCGAGUCGUGGCUGUAGACGCCGCUCCUGGAAUGAUCGAGGUUCUCAAGAACAAAUUGCAAAAGCCAGGCGCGCCACAAAACAUCUACCCGCUGGCUGUUUUGCUGGAGGAUGCCGACGAUAAGCGUCUCCCACCGGCAGACGAAUCAGACCCGAACGGGCCCCGUCUGAGAUUCGACCUCAUCAUCUCUCAUUUGGUCCUGCACCACAUCCCAGACCUGGGAAAGGUCCUGACUACUAUGAAGGACUGCCUGAAGCACUCCGCGUGGGUAGCACUCACCGAUUAUGAAGACGCUGGACCGGACUCAAAAAGUUUUCACGCCAGAUCGAGGAUGGAAGGUGUCGCAAGGCACGGAAUUCACCUCGAAACUAUGGAAGUAUUGAUGAAUGAGGUUGGGUUCGUCAACGUGAAUGUGGAACGAGCUUGGAGCAUGGACAAGAACGUAGAAAAGGUUGAUGGGGAGUUCGGGGAAGCCGGAAGAGCGAGUCGGGCUGGACAGGGUCAGGUAAGGAGUUUUCCUUUCCUGCUCUGCAUGGGCGAAAAGAAAUACUGUCCAUGAACUCUCGACGGC